GAGGAAGCGACCAUAGAAUAGAUGGUGGAUUCCGGACUGUUGACGUGUCAAUUGAGCCCGGGAGGAGGGUUUAUUUGGCGAGUUGAAUGAAACCAGGGGAAGAAGAUUCGCAUCGAAAGAGGAAGAAGAGAUCGAAACCGAUGGCGUCCGGGAAUCAGGUGAGGGCUUCCCACAUACUGAUAAAGCACGAGGGCUCCCGACGGAAAGCUUCGUGGAAGGAUCCGGAAGGCCGUGUUAUCAUGAACACCACUAAAGAGAGCGCCAUCGCUAAGCUCGUGCAGUUCCGGGAGGACAUCCUCUCUGGAAAGGCCAAGUUCGAGGACAUCGCCUCUCGCCACUCCGAUUGCAGCUCAGCCAAGCGCGGCGGCGAUCUAGGUCCAUUUGGGCGUGGACAGAUGCAAAAGCCAUUUGAAGAUGCAACAUUUGCCCUCAAGGUUGGUGACAUAAGUGACAUAGUGGAUACGGACAGUGGUGUUCACAUCAUCCUCAGAACUGCUUAGGCUGCCAAGAUGAUGAUGAAACUCUGAUCUACUUUCUGGUUUUGCUUUGGCUUAUGGAUCUUUGUUGUCAUUAAGUGGUUACUUCGAUUAUUGGGCAGUACUUACUGGUCCAUAUCGUGUUUCUUUUCCUGCCCUUUGUUAAUAUGGCAUUUCGCGGUUGCUUGCAACAGCUGUUGUUAAGAUGAACAGAGAUGUGGGUAUGGUUUGGGAUUGAUUGCAGUGCAUCAUAAUUCCACUAUUUUACAUUUUGACUGCUAGUAUGGAAUUCAAUUCCCAAUUAUGAUCCAGAUGCUUAAGUGUUUUCCGG